AUGUCAGACAUAGUUAAUAAAGAUAAAGGCAAUAAUAUUCGAAAAUGUACAUAUGUAGAAGAUAAUAAUACUAGUGAUCAAGAACAAGAAACUCAACUUGAUACUGCAAAUUCACAUAGUGGAAGUGGAAGUUAUAUAUGGAGUUAUUUUAAGGUUUUAGAAAAUAAAAUUUAUGCUAAAUAUGAAAUAUGUAAGAGAAAAGAAAAAUGCAUAAAGUACAAAUUUUAUAGCACUACAAGCAAUAUGAUAUAUCAUCUAGAUA